GCCUGUGUUACUAAAACUGACUUGAUAAAAAAAAAAGGUUUUAGAUUGUUAUAGUACACAUAAACUCAUAUUGAGUAAGGACAGAAACAAGUAUAAUAGUAGCCAUUCACUUUGUUUUCCCAUACUUACUCAUGUUCCUUUUUACUACUAAUAUAUCAAUAUCACUAUUGUCACUAUGUAGCAGAGUGAACCAGAACACUUUUUUGCCUUGCUCUUCUCCAUACUUUGUACCUUUCUGGUCACCAAAACAACUUCUAUAGUAGUUGGUUUACCUCUUCCUCUUUCUCUUCUUUCUUUUUAUGUAUACAAGUAUCAUGCUGAGUAAUGAUGAAUAACAAUCAGUUCAAGAAAUGAUGAGUUUGUCAGAGCAUUUUCCUUUGUGGUCAUUUGGGGUCUUUUUCUUCCUUCUUUUGUGUCCUUCAUUUGGUCUCAACAUAGAUGGUGCUCUUUUGUUGUCUUUCAAAUACUCUAUUCUUGAUGACCCUUUAUCAGUUCUUGAUAAUUGGGACUAUAAUGAUGCAACCCCAUGUUUGUGGAAUGGUGUCACUUGUGCACCAGACAUGUUUAGAGUUGCAAGUUUAGUACUCCCAAAUUCUAAGCUUGUUGGUUCUGUUCCAGAAGAGUUGGGCUUCAUUCAACACCUUCAUACUAUUGAUCUUUCUGAUAACUUCUUGAAUGGAACACUUCCUGUUUCACUUCUCAAUGCUUCUGAACUUCAAGUACUUUCGCUGUCAAACAAUGCCAUUACUGGUGUACUUCCAGAGUCUGUUGGAGAGUUAAAGAGCCUAAAGGUUCUAAAUCUCUCUGUCAAUGCAUUGGUUGGAAAUCUUCCACAAAAGCUGAGUUCUUUGCAGAAUCUAGCAGUUGUUUCUUUAAGGAACAACCAUUUUUCUGGCACAGUACCAAGUGGAUUUCAGUUUGUUGAAGUGUUGGAUCUUUCUUCCAACUUGUUGAAUGGAACAUUGCCUGAUGACUUUGGUGGUGAUAGCUUGAAAUACUUGAACCUUUCUUCAAACAAGCUCUCAGGCUUAGUGUCACCACAAUUUGCCCAGAAAAUACCAGCUAAUGCUACAAUUGAUCUUUCUUUCAAUAGCCUCACAGGUGCAAUCCCAGAGUCAAUAGCCUUAUCAAACCAGAAAACUGAGUUCUUCGCAGGAAACACAGAUCUUUGUGGCAAACCACUCAAGAAACUGUGCACAAUCCCUUCAACACUUUCAUCUCCACCGAAUAUCUCAACUAAUCCUCCAGCGAUUGCAGCCAUACCAAAAGAAAUUAACUCAACCCCACUUCAAGAUUCUGAUGGUACAGCAGAAACUGCAGCUCAGAAUCAACAACAACAUGGGCUUAAACCAGGUACCAUAGUGGGAAUCAUAGUUGGUGACUUAGCUGGUGUUGGAGUUCUUGCUGUUGUCUUUCUUUAUGUCUACAAAUUAAAGAAGAAAAAAGCAAGUGAGUCAACCAUAGAAAGCUCAAUUCACAAAGACCAAAAAUACAACAAAACACCAGAACCACCAGUAGUACUAGUUGUAAAGGAAAAAGAUACUACUACUACUACUACUACAAGAAGUUCAAGUUUUCCUAGUUGGCCAUGCUUGACUACAAAUCAAGAAAGUUCAUCAGAUACCGAUGACAGCAAAAAUCAAGAAAGCGAAGACCAAAUUGAGUAUGAAACAGAACAAAAGAAUGACAAAAACAAGAAACCAGAAAGGUCAUUUGUGAUGGUAGAUGGUGAAACAGAACUAGAGCUAGAGACUUUAUUGAAAGCUUCAGCUUAUAUUUUGGGGUCAAGUGGAGCUAGCAUAGUUUACAAAGCUGUAUUAGAAGAUGGUACUGCAUUUGCUGUUAGGAGAAUUGGUGAAAGUGGCGUUGAAAAAUUGAAGGAUUUUGAGCAACAAAUUAAAGCUAUUAACAAGCUAAGGCAUCCAAAUCUUGUUCGUGUUAGAGGAUUUUAUUGGGGAGAUGAUGAGAAAUUGGUCAUCUAUGACUAUGUUACUAAUGGAAGCUUAGCCAAUAUUGGUUACAGAAAAGUUGGUUCCUCUCCUUACCAUUUAUCAUAUGAAGUCCGGCUCAAGAUAGCAAAAGGAAUUGCAAGAGGAUUGACCUACAUCCACGAAAAGAAACACGUACAUGGCAAUAUUAAACCUAGUAACAUUCUCUUUACACCUGAUAUGGAGCCUAUAAUAAGUGACCUUGGGCUGCAUGGGCUAAUGCAUGGUAAAAAUACAUGCAAACCGGACAAUUCGGCCCGGCAUUUCGGUAGCAAGCGGUCCACGUCCUCCCGGGACGGUUUAAAUGAUCAGCCGGUUCAUCACGGAAGCCCUUACAUUGCGCCGGCUGGGUUCGUGGGGUGCACGUCCCCCUACCACGCACCGGAGUCGUUGGAGAGCCUCAAGCCUAGUCCAAAAUGGGAUGUUUACUCAUUUGGGAUUGUGCUGCUUGAGCUUCUAACCGGGAAAGUGUUUUCGGACCGGGAGUUGAGCCAGUGGACCACCGGUUCAGUAGAUGAUGAUGUGAACUGGGUUUUGAGGAUGGCCGAUGUGGCGAUAAGAGCUGACGUGGAGAGCAGGGAAGAGACCACGGUGUCAUUGUUUAAGUUAGGGUUUAGUUGUGCAUCAUUGAAUCCAACAAAAAGGCCUACAAUGAAAGAUGUCCUUCAUGUGCUUGACAAAGUACCAGGUUAUUCACAUUACUAAUCAUUAUGUUGGGACCAAGAAAAGCUAUAAAGUAGUUGUUAUAAUUUGGGGUUGGGUGCAUGUAUAAAGUGUUGUUGGCUGUAGGUAUCUCUCUUUAAUUUGUUCUUCUUUUGACUUGGAAAGAGUUUUGCUACAUAAAGAGGAGAAGAACCGUUGUGUUGUAACUGAUGAAAGUGCUGUAAGUUUGACAAAUUGAUCAAGAGUGUAUUUAUUUGAGUUUAACUUCUAAA